UUUCCUAAUUUUUCAACAUUAUAUCUCCCAUUUUAUUCUGCCUUAAGAGAUUUUUCGCAAGGAGAUCAGCUUUGACCUGUCUUAUGAAGUCGUGUAUAAAGACUAGCAGUUUGAGAAGGAACAGAGUACUCCGAAAAAGCAUGUUAAGAAUGAAUCAUCAGAAGCUUCUUGGACUGUUUCUUUAGCAUAAGGCCACAUGAAGAUAUUUACGCGGAGAAAUUCGUUGCAGAAGGUGAAGUGAAGAGGCAGAAAAUGACUUGGACCAAGUUCUCUUAUGGUAUCAAAGCUGAGGAACUCGAGUUCAAAUUUUAUCAAGUGGUCUCACAAAUUCUCAUACACUCAUUAUAACUUAUUAAUCCUCGCCGAAUUCCGAAUUUGGCAGUCUUGCAUCCCACUUGCGUCUCAUAUAAAAUGGGGUAAUUACCGAAGCAUACAGAUCCAUGCUAUCGUACUGGUGUCUUAAAAGAAUGGUGGAUACAUUUUUACUCUUUGGUGAAGAAGAGAAAUAGACUUGUUCACUUGAACAGUUGUUACAGUUACAACAAGAUGCUUUCUCCACUCCGACAUUCUCGUUGUUUCCCAUCAUUUUGCUUACAUAAAUCAUUAACAACAGUUACACAGUUGUUGUCUGAUUCUUCUCUCCAUUUAGUCUAAACGCCAAAGUGCUCACUCUCCCUGCUCUGUCUACUCUCCGUUCCGUUCCUCCAUAAAGCUUUCCCUUUUUAAACUCACACACAAUGUCAUUUCAUUUUCAGAGUUAUACCCACAACGAAAGAAAGGCAAAUUAAUUCUGGCAUAGUUUCAGGGUUUUCGUCUUUAGACUUUCACCCUUUACUUUCCGUAUUAUUCUAAUUUCGCCACUCCCAUAAAUUGGCUUUCUUGCACCAUUGAUGCACCUGAAAUCUCUUGCAAAACUUACAAAAUAUGUUGACGUUAGAGAUAGAGAGAGAGAAGCCGAAAGAGGGGAUAAAAGCUGGCACGAGGCACAGGGACCGUUAGCUUAGCCGGCGCCAAUAUUCGAUGAGCUUCCUCUUCCUCUUCCCCUUAUAACCAGACAUCAAAACCCCCCCCUUUCCUUUCUUUUCAAAACUCACCAGGCCACCCACAGUUCUUUCCCACUUCAGACUCUCUCUCUACAUCUGCCUCUGGAUAAUUUUCCGUUUUCCACAGAAAGGGUCCUUUUGUUUCUUGUCCCUAGUUGUUCAUACAUAAAGGUUUGUAUCUCUGGGAAGCAGAGAUUUCUGGAGGAUCUUUUGUUGGCCUUCACUUUUGAUUGAUGAUGGAGAGCAGCAAAGGCUUCUCUUCUCCUCGGAGCAACGGGUUCCCCACCGGAUUGCGCGUCCUUGCGGUCGAUGACGACUCCACUUGGUUGAAGAUCCUCGAAAAGAUGCUCAAGAAAUGUUCUUAUGAAGUUACCACAUGUGGUUUAGCAAGAGACGCCCUGAAACUGCUUCGGGAAAGGAAGGGUGGAUAUGACAUUGUUAUUAGCGAUGUUAACAUGCCAGACAUGGAUGGCUUCAAACUCCUAGAACUUGUUAGCCUCGAGAUGGAUCUUCCUGUAAUAAUGAUGUCUGUGGAUGGGGAGACGAGCAGAGUUAAGAAGGGUGUUCAACAUGGGGCUUGCGAUUAUCUCCCCAAGCCCAUGAGAAUGAAAGAGCUCCGCAACAUAUGGCAACACGUCUUUCGAAAGAGGGUCCACGAGAUAAGGGACAUCGAGAGUCACGAAGGUCUUGAAGAUCUUCAGGUAACGAAAAGCGGGUAUGAUUGGUUGGAUGAUGGGCAUUUCUAUAGGGGAGAAGAUACGUCGACUCCGGGAAAGAAAAGGAAAGACCUAGAAAAUAAGCACGACGAGAAAGACUUGACCGAUCCUUCAUCUUCCACUAAGAAAGCUAGAGUAGUUUGGUCUGUUGAUCUCCAUCAGAAAUUUGUGAGAGCAGUGAAUCAGAUUGGAUAUGAUGAAGUUGGUCCCGAGAAAAUACUGGAUUUGAUGAAUGUUCCAUGGUUGACAAGAGAAAACGUUGCCAGCCACCUGCAGAAGUACCGGCUUUACUUGAGCAGGUUGCAGAAGGAAAAUGAUCUGAGAAUUUCUUAUGGUGGGAUGAAGCAUUCGGAUCUAAACCCACAAGAUGCUGCCAGAGCAUCGAGCCAUCAGAACUCCAUCAAUUUCCAGCAAAAUGAUGCUACAACUGGCAACUCAAAAUUUGCUGGCAACAACUUGCUCAUCCAGAAUUUGGACUCCAGAGGCAAUGAAUUCCACACCAGAGGGACUAUCAUCACCGAGACAUCUGGUCCAGGAAUUAGUCUCUCACUCUCUACGCUGGAGCAGGAAAUGGACUUCACAGCGUUUGAUAGUAUUACCCCGAGAUCGUACUCCAGGAGAGAAAUUCCAGGAAUCCAAAACUUGCGCCGCAUCAUCAACCAUAUUAAUGGAUUCAGGUCCAUAACCAUGGGUUCCAAUGUACAGGAUCAAAAUUUGCCCCGCAUCAUCGAGCUGCUCUUGGCCAUAAUUCGCUGGCUGACUCUUUUCUUCCAACUUUUCCUUUUCCUCGCCUUCUUUCUCUCUCUUUUUUUUUUUUGAAUUUAUUUUUCCUUCUUUUUGGGUCUAGGCAUCGUGGUCCCACACUAGAACCUGAGAAAGAGACGGAUUCAACUGGUGUGAUUGUGCUCAUCUAAAUGAAAAAAUCAUUGCAAUA